ACUAGAUAACGUCACCAUAAUAUUGUUCCAUUGCUCAAUUAAAAACGAAACGAACAGCGGCGAGAAAAACUGUAAUAAAAACACAAUUUAUUAAAAACAAAACCAAGAAAUAAUGCCAACAAAACCCCACGGCUCAUAGCCAAGUUAAAGAGCAAGAUAUACAGCUAAAGGAGGAGCAUGAGCAAUAGCAACAAAAAUGCAACAGCUGUGGCAAAAACGUUAAACUAAAACAAAAACAAACAUUGACAUAAGAACACGUCGACAGGGGCAAAGAAGAAAGAGCAGGUGUGCCAGGCCCGCUGCUAAAGGUAGGACAGGAGGAGGGGCACAUUUGUAGCAUGUGUUAUGGCCACAACAAGAGCAGGAGCAGGAGUUGAUGCCACGGAGAGAAAACUCUCCAGUGUCAGCCUAAGUGCAGGUGGAGGUCAAGGACCAAGCUGGCAGAGUUGCUACUACUGCACUAGGGAGCACUUUAAAUCGAUAGCGGAGUUUGUCAGUCACUUGCGCAAUCGCCACUGCUCUAAAGAGGGCGGCUCCUAUGUGUGUCGAUAUGGCUUCAAUGGUGUCUGCGCUUCGCUGCCCUUGGAUGGCGUCUCUGAUCGGGAUUACGAUGCCCAUGUGGCCAAAUACCAUGUGAAUCAGCAAACCAGGGAAAUGCCACCCGAAUGGGGUGUGUAUUCAGCUGCUCAGAAUCUGCCGGCCGUUCUCAAUGAUCCCUCCAAGGGCAAGCAGAGUAAUUUGUUUACCAAAAAAUGGGGGGAACAUUUUGUGGAACGUUCGCCCCAGCAAAUUGCUGGGUCGUCACGGCUGCCUGACAUAACCCAUAAGGAUUUCUCCGUCUAUUUGGGUAGCAUAGGCAAACGUUAUCGUUGGCAUGAACGUCGUCAGCAGCAGCAGCUAGAGCUGGAGAAGGAUCACACCAAAGAGAACGGAACUCUGUUGAACGAUCAUACGCUCGGUGAUCUCAAGUCUGUGCCAGAGAUUUUUCUCAAAUCCCAGCUUCAACUGCAUCAUCCGGCGACAUUUAAGCAAGUCUUUCCUCACUACAUGGAAACCUCACCGGCAGAGCGUCCACAAACUGGACGACAAUUGCAGGAGCAGCUUAGUCACUAUUUGGAUAUUGUAGAAGUGAAAAUAGCCCAACAAGUUGCCCAGAAAUCGGGUGCAUUUUUCCAUGCCAUGACCACACAACAUGCAAUUUUGGCCGAAAUGGAGGUGGCCACCGAACAAGUGCGUCACUUGCGUUUAUCCCUAAGCCAAUUGCACGAGACAUCGGUGGUGGAUAGUUUUCGUGUUUUACUUUACGCCAAACGGCGGCAGCACUAUAAUCUUGCCUUGGAUAAACUCCGUUUGAUGGCCACUGUCCAUAAGACGCAACCAAUGCUGCAAUUACUCUUGGGCACCCAGGACUAUGUGGCUGCCUUAGAUUUGAUUGGUACCACCCAGGAGAUCCUUUCCGCCGAAUUGUUGGGGGUUCAUUGCUUCAAGCAUUUACCCAUGCAGUUGAGUGAAAUGGAGAAAUUGAUCGAUAAGAUGUUGACCACCGAAUUCGAGCGUUAUGUGGCCGCAGAUCUCAAUAGACCAUUGAGUGAGGGUAUACGUGAAUCGGACAGUGUGUGUGCCGAGGAGGAUAAAUUGGUUUCGAUCAUAAUGGGUCUAUUGCGCAAACAAAAUUUCUCAUUUGUCCAGAUUUAUCAGCAAGAGUCCAUUGCGACUAUUCGAGCCAUAAUUAAGCAACUUCUAAUAGAAGUGCUAACCCAAAAAGACAGCGGAGAUCAGGAGAUCACAUUGACCGGGGCCGGAGAGCAGAGCUUAGACCUGUCCUUGGGCGAAUGGAUUUGCCUAUUGCAACGAUCAAGUCAGGCCUUGAGUUCCAUACUCGAACGGAUACGCGUUGUGGUGGGCAUAAUGCAGCAGACAGCUGAUGCUGCUGUCGGAGCCCAAGAUGCAGUCAAUUUGAUAGAUUCCGAGGCAUUUCUCAGUCAGCAACAUCACGAAAACUUGAAAGCCCAAUUGGAUUCCCUGCUUCAGGCUGUCUGUCAUUAUUGCCACGAAAGAUGUGCCAACAUAGUGUCAACUCAGAGUUUAGAGCGUAGCUCGGCCAGCGAACAGGAAUUGAAGGAACUAACGGAGACUAUAGAGCAAUUCAGUGAGACAACUCGGAUCAUAUGCGGCGUCCAAAGUGUUCCACUGCAGUUGUCUUUAAAGGUGCAGGCCACGCGUUAUGCCCAAAAGUUUCAUGCGGAAAGAAAGCAUAAGUUAUCCCUACUGCUCGAUCAGGAGAGAUGGCGUCAAGUGGAUAUACCGCAGGAAUUUCAAAGGAUCAUCGAUCGCUUGGCCAAUGCCGAUUACACCAAAUACGAGAAGAACUCUGCAUCGCUAACACAUCUCUCUAAUGGCAAUGGUGGCGUCAUUGGUGGGAAUCCUGUCCUACUAGUCGAUGGCAAGCAACCCUAUGCCUUGGUCAGUGCCUCUCUAAUGCUUAUACAAAUGCUCUAUGAAUAUGGCGCAAGUUCGCUUCGAUUGCCCAUACUGGCUAGCUACCAUGCCAGAAAUAUCGUAGAUCUUCUGCGACUAUUCAACUCGCGGAGUUGCCAACUCAUCAUUGGCGCUGGAGCCAUGCGUGUGGCUGGUCUUAAGACCAUUACUAGCACGAAUCUCGCUCUGGUAUCGCGUGCCCUGCAAUUGGUCCUUUGGUUAUUGCCAAAAUUGCGUCAACAUUUCCACUCAAUGAGUGGCUAUGAGUCCAUUGAGCGGGACUAUCAGGGUCACAUCAAGGAGAUUGAAAAUAAAAUUCAUGGCAUUGUCUCGGAUCGUGUGAACUCGCAUUUGGAAGCCUGGGAUGCUCGUCCGCCCAUACCAUCGCAAACAUUUCGCCAUAUAUCCAGGCAUUUGGUUAAAUUACAUGAGGCCAUUGCCGGAGUACUGCCCGAAACGCAAAUCCAUGAAAUCUAUGCCAUUGUGCAUCGCAAUUUCAAGGAUAAGCUGAGAGAGCAGCUGCUCAAGCUCAAUAUUAACAAUAAUGGUGGACCACAGCAUGGUGUGGUCACCUCGGAGUUAACCUUCUAUAUGGAAACAUUGCGUACAUUAAAGGCCUUGCCUCCACCCCAACUAGAUAAUAGCAUUUUGGAGGACAUUUGGCUCUACUAGAGAGUAUUCCAAUUGCUUAAAAAAUUUUCUAAAAAUUUCGCAAGCAAUCUUAGACAAGUUUAAUAAUUAUUAUUAUUUUUUUUUCCGCAUAAAUCUUUGUUGUUGUUUUUACACUUUUUCAGGUUCUCCCGCCCCCUAUCUGUACAUUAUUUUUGUUAUUCCUUAUUUGUAUAUACAUACAUAUAUCCUAUAUAUAGUAUAUAAAUAUUUGUACUGCAUAUUUUAUGUAACGCCCAAGCAAAAACGACAAAAAGAAACAAAAUGAUAAGAAGGAAUUUAGCAACAAAUUAUGUACAACUUUUGUUGCACUUUUGAUUAACAUUUAAGCCCAAAAAUUGUCAAAAUUGGCAUAUGAUUAAAGCGUAGAUAUAAUAAUCUAUUAUCCAAUUAUAUAUCUAUAUAUACAUACAUAUACAUAUGUGAAAGAAGGAAUGGUAACUAACUAAAGGUAACUUUAGCUAAAUAUAUUCACCAAUUUUUGUCAGUAUAAAAAUCACGAUUCCUUCCACAUUUUUCUGAUAAUUCACAAUCCAUCCACCAAUAGUGUUUCCUUUUAAGUUUUAUCCUUAACUUAUUAUUUGUAGUUCAGCCUGCUUGCAUUUGUUUUUAUUUUUUGAUUUAAUCCUAAUAAAAUUGUUUCAGUUUA